AUGUUGGAUGACUCGUUCCAGCUCACGGUACGGCCGAUUCAAUACAGCCUGGCGGCUAGCUUCAAGAACAUCACCAAGUCCCUGGGGCAGUUGCCCGUCGCUAAGACGCUGGUCAUUGCCCUUUCUUGCUCCUACGCGUGGCAGGACGGCUUCAACAUUGCCGAAGGAGGUGCAAUCACUGACGACAUGAACAAGAAGAAGAAGUUAAGGACUGGCAAGACGGGUGGUGUUGCAGAUACCCCCAAAGUGAAUAUUAUGGUUCGAUUCUCCCGCAUGAGAGACAACAUGGAGAAGUCGCGAGAGGAUAUUGAAGGAAGAUCGUCCCUUAUCCGAGGCCUCGAAGAGGGCGCCCAGGCGUGCGAGGAGGGCGACGCGCUGUUGGAAAAGGCCAGCAAGGAAUGGGGGCAGACGCUGAGUGAAAAGCUGAGAAUGCAUGAGAUUUGGAAGGAGAUGAAUGCGCUGGCCACUAUCCUGGAACGACUGUGA